AUGCCCCCAGGGGACAUCAGCCAGACGAUUCAGUCUGUACAAUCGGAGAUCGAACGAGAAGAUGAAACGACGACUGAUGCGGCAGAAAUCCCCAGAGCAGAAACCGUCACUAAACCAGAUGAACUGCACCAUGAAGCGCCUGGGAGUAUACAUAUGAAUAAUUUACGCCCCGCGGCCGACAGACUUUUUGGCGACAAUCUGUCUCUCUACGCAGGUAACGUUUCGAAUAGUGAAAACUAUGACCGAAUACCUCCGCAACUAGAAUCACCAUCGACUUCCGCUCCAGAGGAGCAGCCAACUUCUAGAUGGAAACGAUCCAUCGUCCACAAAGCAUGGACUCAGGGUAAAGGCAUGCUGAUGGUGAUUCUGUCACAAUUCUUUGGGUCUUCUAUGAAUGUCAUGACUCAACUCUUGGAGAGGGAUGGUUCGCAUGGAAAGGCAAUGCAUCCGUUUCAGAUCCUCUUCUCGCGUAUGAUAAUCACCGUCGCAGCUUCCAUCUUCUACAUGCGGUACGCGCAAGUUCCGAAUCCAUUCGGCUCAAGAGGAAUCAGAGGACUCUUGUUUCUUCGAGCAGCAGGCGGCUUUUUCGGAGUGUUUGGCAUGUACUUUUCCUUGCUGUAUAUGCCAUUAUCAGAAGCCACCGUUCUUACAUUCUUAUCACCAAUCGUCGCAUGUUAUGCAUGCUCAUUUUUGAUGCCCAAUGAGCCAUUCACACGCAAACAGCAGCUUGCGGGAAUCAUAUCCUUACUUGGCGUUGUUCUCAUUGCGCGGCCAUUUUCAGGAGGAAAGGUCGAGAGUCUGGCUACUGAAAUAGCACCACUGGCCGGCGAUGGAAAUAGUACACUCACGGAAAUCGUCGGCGGCGAACUAUCGGAUAAUGAUAUGGCAGGUGGAGUCAGCGCAAUACAUCAUCUCAUGGCAGUAGGAUUUGGAAUCCUUGGUGUCUUUGGUGCAGCAUGCGCAUAUGUGACGAUCCGUCUGAUCGGACCCAGAGCCCAUCCGCUGGUCAGCGUCACGUAUUUUUCUGCCUAUACGACAACAGUCUCCCUCAUCGCCAUGAUCUCGAUCCCAUCAGUCUCGUUCCGACUACCCGGGAAUCUGAUGGAGUGGAGUUUACUUCUCGGUCUGGGAGCCACUGGUUUCACGAUGCAGUAUCUACUUACUGCGGGAUUGGCGUAUCAGCCGCCGUCUAUUGGCAGCAAGCAGCCGCAAAAGGGCAAUGGGACUCGAGCAACGUCCAUGCUGUAUACGCAGAUGUUGUUUGCCUUGUUUUAUGAUAAGGUGGUAAUGGACAGUUCGCCUAGUGCGAUUAGCUGGGCUGGCUCGGGGUUGAUUCUUGGUAGUGCGCUGUAUGUCGGCGUUAUUCGUGACAGCAACAGCAACAAUGCUACUAGAGGUACGGGUUUGGAUGCCACGCAAGGCCAGAGGGCAGAAGAUGAGCCCGAAACGGGACAAGUCAAGGAUACCAUUUCAUCGCGGGAUAUACGGGAUGCUGAGGAAGGUCGGGGUCUUUUGACCGAGUCGGAUGAUAUAGAUGCUGAGACUGAGGCUUCUUCUUCUUCAUAG